AUCUCGUGCUAACUCUUUGGAAGAGCCUCAGCUCCUGCUGGAACGACCACCAUCUACGACCUAACGACCUUCUGUAGCGCUAUCCGUCUCAUGUCUGUCUCGGCAACUAACAAGUCUCUCGUUUAUCUCGCUUUACGGUUAUGUGUACUAUUACUCUCUUUGGCUUUCAACGCGCUGCUGGUCGGUAUGUCCGCGAUGGCGUUGUCGUUUGGUACCGGUGGAGGUUAUGAGGUUAUUUCGACGAUCCUUCACGUCUUCGCGGCCUUGCUGGUGUUCCUGCGCACGAUAUACAUAUUCCGUGUGGAAGACCAAGGCAGCCGUGGCUGUCUCAUGAUGGACGGCUCCAUCUGGUCGUUGAGUCUCAUGGGUUGUAUCCUCCUCACUAUUAGAGCUGCACGAAACUCCGGCCUCGUCCAAGAUUACUCCGCUCUGACUGACGCGCGUAGUGUGGUGGCCGCUGUCCUCACCUUGGCAUGGCUAGUCUUCUCACUAGGUGCGUCAGUUGCAUUCCACCUUCUCGUGCUCAUGCUCACAGCGUAUCUAGCGUCCUUUGGUAUAACACUUGACCUGCUUGAGCCUCACCGGCCCGCGCGCAUCACACCAUUCGUGCCUUAUACGAGCCCUCCCCAAAGGCACCGGGUUGUCUUCCACAAGAAUCACCGCCCGCUGAAGAUCAUCGAGUUCCAGAAGGACACCAACCCGUACUACUGGAAGCAGCAGGCUACCAGUACUAAGGAGCAGCAACCACGCGCUCCGAAGCCGGCGUAUGCGCGUCCGACUCAGAAGCAACCGGUGCGGAUGGAUGUGGGAUGGUCCAUGGCUUAGAGAGCCUGGGUACGUACUUCGUCCUCGUAGGAGACGAACCAUUCGAAUUUCUGCCCGUCCUGGUAUAGGUUAUUUGUGAUAUGACGUAGUUUUAUCUCUGCUCGUGUGCAAGUACGCGUGUACCGUAUGUACCAUUAUC